AUAUGUAUAUGUAUAGUGUAAAUUAUAAAUCUUGCUUCUGGAUCCUGGUGGUGCUGAUUAAAUCAAAAUGGACACAAUAAAAUCGUUCAAAGGGUACGGCAAGGUGGAUGAGGUCGAACAACAAGCAUUCCGCAAAAAGACCCGUAAACGCAUCGUCAUCAUCAUCGCCUCUGUAAUUCUUCUGUUUGCGAUUGUCAUCGCCAUCGUUGUCGGCACCCUCCUCGUCCACAAUAACAAAAACUCUACCUCCUCCGGAACUGCAUCCACCACCACCACCUCCUCCUCCAUUCGAUCUGUCUGCAGCGUUACCCAGUAUCAAGAAUCGUGCAUUUCCAGCCUCCGAUCCCUGGAUACUACUACUACUACAGAUCCCCAACAACUUUUCAAACUCUCUCUCCUCGCCGUCCUCACCGAGCUCACCCAUUUAUCCACAUUUCCUUCCAAUCUCAAGUCCAAAAUUAACGACGAUCGAGUCAGAGCUGCUCUCGGCGUCUGCCAGGUCGUCAUCGAUGACGCCAUUGACAGAAUCAACGACUCCAUUUCAGCUAUGGGCGACGACGACGACAAGUCCUCUUCUUCCUUGAGCAUUGGAAUGGUAGAGGAUCUGAAAACUUGGUUGAGCACGACUCUAACCGAUCAGGAGACCUGCUUCGAUUCGUUGGAAGAAGUCAACGCCAUCACCGUUCUAGAGGAAAUGAAGGUACUAGCAAGGAAUUCCACCGAGUUCUCCAGCAACAGCUUGGCUAUUGUGUCCAAGAUUCUAGGCAUCCUAUCCAAUUUCAACUCCCAUCAUCGGAGACUUCUUCUGCUGGGCCAGGAGGAGGGAUUAGAAGAAGAAGAAGAAGAAGAUCAUCAUAUGAGAUUCCCUCGGUGGGUUGAGCGGAGGUUUCUGCAGGAGACGAAGCCGACGCCGAAUGUGGUGGUGAACAAGGACGGGACCGGAGAUUACAGAACCAUAGGGGAGGCGGUUGCAAAGAUUCCGAAGAAGAGCGCAACCAGAUUCGUGAUAUACGUAAAAGCAGGGGAAUAUGUUGAGAAUGUCAAUUUGGACAAGUCGUUGUGGAAUGUUAUGAUGUACGGCGACGGGAUGGCUAACACCAUUGUUUCCGGUAGCCUAAACAAAAUUGAUGGGACUCCCACUUUCAACACCGCCACUUUCGCUGUUGUGGGCAAGGGUUUCAUUGCGAGAGACAUGGGGUUCAAGAACAGUGCCGGGCCACAGAAGGAACAGGCUGUGGCUCUGAGAUCGGGUUCUGACCAAUCAGUUUUCUACAAGUGCUCCUUCGACGGGUUCCAGGACACUUUGUAUGCUCACUCGAAUCGGCAGUUCUACCGCGAGUGCGACAUCACAGGCACGGUAGACUUUAUCUUUGGAAACUCGGCGGUUGUGCUCCAGAGCUGCAACAUCCAGCCUAGACAGCCCGGUCCGAACCAAGUGGUGACCAUAACUGCUCAGGGAAAGAAGGACGUUAACCAGAACACGGGAAUUUCGAUCCAAAAGUGCAGCAUAUCCCCUCUGAUGACGAGUAGUAAUAGUAGUAGUCUGACGGCCAGGAGUUAUCUGGGUAGGCCGUGGAAGGAGUACUCGACAACAAUAAUAAUGCAAAGUCAAAUAGGGUCGUUUUUAGAUCCAGCUGGGUGGAGUCCUUGGGUUCCAGGGGUUAACCCCCCAAGUACAAUAUUUUAUGCAGAAUACCUCAACACUGGCCCCGGAGCCACCCUAGACAAAAGGGUCACUUGGGACGGUUACACACGCAACACAACAUCCGCCCAAGCCUCCAAGUUCACUGUCGAAUCUUUCAUCGACGGCACCAUGUGGUUGCCCCAAACACAAGUGCUCUUUGAUUUGACCUUGUGAAACCCCCCCUAAAUAACCACUACUACCAGCUUUUGCAUACUUCAAAUGUUAUAUAUGUUGUUUCUCAUUUGAAUCAUUCAUCAUGUUAUGUUUGUAUAAUGUUAAUGUAUGCACGCUCGUAUACUCACUCACUCUACUUAUUUAAAAGAUUAAUUCAUUUAAGAGACAGUCAUUUAUGUUUUAUGAUUUCUAUAUCA